CUUGAACAGUGUCUACUAUUGGUAUAAGAUGGAGCAGGAUGAAAUAUCAAUAGACAAUGACUAUAUUACGGGACCUGAGUAUAGGCCGCAAAUGCCCAAGAGACCUCAAAAGAAACCAUCAUUAUCACAGUUAACCGUGGGACAACCUAGAUCAUCAUUACGCCUGUCUGAAUUACAAGCUCAACCUACAACUGAAUUAUCAACCCAGAACAUUGGGAAAGAAGAGAAUUUCCUCAAUACUGAUAGAAUAUACAACACACUGAACUAUUAUGAUUCAAGUCAUGAUCCAAACUUUGACGCCUCAACAAUAAGGACAUCAACCCCAACACUGACUAUUUAUAGUGACGAUGAAGAACUAGAAAAUACUUUAGGUGAUCUGAUCAGUCAACCGUCGUCGGAAAUGAGACUGCAUUUCAAUCAUGAAGAAGAGGAAGCUAGCUUGAAAGGCGCGAAGCAAUUCUUUAUACUUUCAUCGGCUGGUAAACCCAUUUAUUCAAUGAGCAGUGAUUUAGACCAUAAUGAUGAAAAUUUUAUUAAUUACAACGGUAUAAUACAGACUAUUGUUAGUUCAUUUAUUUUGAGUGGGUCAGAACUACGAUCUUUUGUCACAAAAACUUCAAGAUUUACUAUCUUAAAUCAAUCACCAAUAGUAUUGCUGGCAAUUUCUAAAAUUGGUGAAUCGGAAAUGGAUUUAUUGAAUCAGCUUGAUCUACUUUACAGUUUUUUAUUAUCAGCUCUAAGCAAACCACAUAUUAUGAGAUCAUUUCAAAACAAGGAAGGCUUUGACUUGAGGAAACAUCUUGGGAGAGCAGACUUAUCGGGAUUAGACUCAUUAACCAAAGAGAUUAUCAACUUCAAUCCGGGGAUUCUGAUUGGGGCUUUACAAUGCAUCAAGCUAAAGAGAUCUGUUAGAGACAAAUCAAGACAAAUUAUGCUUAAUAGGAGAAGCAAGAACCUUUUGUAUGGAAUGCUGGUUGCCCCUGGUGGGAAAUUAAUCAAUGUUUUGAGACCGAAAAGUCAUACCCUUCAUACUACUGAUUUACAAAUAUUGUUUUCCAUAGUUUUCAACCAAUCUAAAAAUUAUUCGGAGGAUGAGGAGCUAUGGCUACCUAUCUGCCUUCCAAAAUUCAAUCCUAAUGGGUUUUUAUAUGCAUUUGUUAAAUUCGUUGAUUCUGUUGCUUUGAUUUUGAUUAGUGCAGACAAGAAUUGCUUCUUUGAAAUGAGUGAGACAUCAACUAAAAUCAUUAAUGAAUUUAGAAAGCAUGAAAUAUUGAGCCAUAUUAGUGACUCUUUGAAACAUGGCUUAUCAACAAUAGAUAUUCCAGCUCCUUUGAUAUAUCAUUUCAUCUACAAAUCCAAAAAACAUUUACAAUAUGUCAUGCCAACUUCAACUAAUGUCACGGCAUUACAGAAAUAUUAUCUCCAGCUCUACUCAAGUGUCGAUAGAAAUGGUAAGAUUAGUGUUUCUUAUAUAAAAUGGGAAAAGGAUGGGAAGAGUCCAAAUAAGUCUAUAGCUGGCUUAGGUUGGAUAACCCCAAAUUAUGAGGUUUACUUGAUUACUGGAAGCAUUACAAAAAGAGAAGUACUAGUGAAUAGUGCCAGGGGAAUUGUAAGUUGGUGUAGGAAGUAUCAAGAGAGGUUAUUUGUCUGUGAAGGAGCAAUUUUUUAAUAAACUAUCAUGUUUUUGGUUUAAUGUUUAGUAAUUUGUAGUGUUGCCCCAUGUCC